AUGAAAAUGAACUCAUCAUUUUUAUCUCUAUUAUUCUUGCUAUUCUUCAUCCACUCCUCAUCAGCAGCUAAAUGUCAAACUUCAGACAGAUCUGCUCUGUUACAGUUCAAGAACACCUUCGUUUCUGAUCCAUCUUGCUCAGGCUUACCUUCAGUGGUUGCUUCUUGGGGUGAAACAGAUGAUUGCUGUUCAUGGGAUGGUGUCGAAUGCAGCAACUUGACUGGAAAUGUUAUUGGACUUAACCUUGCCGGCGGCUGUCUUUAUGGUUCUGUUGACUCUAACAACAGCCUCUUUAGACUAGUUCAUCUUCAAACACUUAUUCUUGCUGACAACAACUUCAAUCUCUCUCAAAUCCCUUCAGGUAUUGGGCAACUUUCUGAUUUGAGGCAGCUGGAUCUUGGUAAUUCUAGAUUUUUUGGACCAAUCCCUUCAGCAAUUUCAAGGUUGUCUAAGUUAGAAAAUCUUCGUUUAAGUCGGGUUAAUAUAUCUUCUGCUGUUCCUGAUUUUCUUGCAAAUAUGUCUUCUUUGAUGUCUCUUAGCUUAGGAGAAUGUGAGUUGAAUGGAAAUUUUCCUCAGAAAAUUUUUCACUUACCAAAUUUGCAACUUCUUGUAAUUCCUUACAAUCCAAAUCUCUCUGGUACUUUCCCUGAGUUUAACUAUAAUAGUUCUCUUCAGAGGAUAUGGGUUGAAAAAAGUUCAUUUCAUGGUGAAAUACCUUCUUCCAUUGAAAAUCUUAAGUCCUUGACUUCUUUGAAGUUGGGAAAUUGUAGUUUUUCUGGGAUAGUUCCUGAUUCACUUGGUAAUAUUACUGGACUACAGGAGUUGGAACUUCAUUUAAACAACUUUAGCGGUCAAAUUCCUUCCUCGCUCGAACGCCUAACUGAGCUGAAUCGUGUGUUUCUUAGCUAUAAUGAGUUUAGUAAUGCAACUUUGUCUUGGGUUGGUAAUCAGAAGAAGCUUGUUUUCUUGGCUCUUUCUGGUAUUAAGUUAGGUGGUACUCUUAUGCCUUCUCUUGGAAAUUUGACUAACAUGGAACAGCUACUUUUGGGUGAAAAUGAAUUGACGGGUGAGAUUCCAUCUUGGAUUGGAAAUAUGGCAAUGUUAACUGAUCUUCAUCUGUAUGGAAACAAGUUGACUGGUUCAAUCCCCAAGUCUUUAUCUCAACUUACCAAUCUGAAGCAUCUUUAUCUUCAGUAUAAUUACUUGAAUGGGACUGUGGAGUUGAGCAUGUUUUUGAAACUCGAGAACCUUACCGAACUCCACCUAACUGCCAAUGAUAUAGCGGUUAUUGACGAUCAAGUUGGUAGCCGAAAUGUAACUCUUCCAAAGUUCAAUCUUUUAGGACUUGGAUCCUGCAAUUUAACUCAUAUUCCAACAUUUCUUGAGAAUCAGAAUGAGUUAGAGGUAUUAGAACUUGGACAGAACAAUAUUCAAGGCCAAAUACCUAAAUGGAUGUGGAGCAUGAGUAGAGAAAGUUUGAAGGUUUUGAACUUGAGUCACAAUGCGCUGACAGGCGUAGAAGAACCUCGAGAUGCUCUUCCUUGGGUUAAUCUCUAUGUCUUGGAUCUCUCUAAUAACAAGUUAGGAGAAUCACUUCCAAUUCUACCAGCCAUAUGUAAACUAAGUUCACUUGUAGCUCUUGAUUUGUCAAGUAAUCUAAUGAGUGGUGUGCUUCCACAAUGUAUUGGCAAUUUCAGUUCUUUGGAUAUUAUGAAUUUUAGACAGAACUUGCUUCAUGGAACUGUUCCUGAUAGCUUCAGAAAAGGGAGCAAAUUAAGGUUCCUUGAUUUCAGUCAGAAUCAGUUGGAAGGUCAAGUGCCAAGAUCGUUAGCCAAUUGCAAGAUUUUGGAGAUCAUCGACUUGAGUGACAAUCAGUUUACUGAUGGUUUUCCCUAUUGGAUUGGAGCUCUUCCCAUGUUAAGACUUCUAAUACUUCGGUCCAACCACUUCCAUGGAAAAAUUGAAGAGCCUGAGACCAAUACCGAGUUCCCAAUGUUACGAAUUGUCGAUUUCUCUUACAACAACUUUUCAGGUAAUCUCCCUCUGAGGUAUAUAACUAAUUCAAAAGGUAUGAAGAUUUUCAACACAACUGCUUCAACAUAUCGAAACACAUUUGUAACCUUCUCAUUCGACUAUGUUUGGGCUCUUGAAUUUUUCUAUUCCACCACAAUAACCAUCAAAGGUAAUCAAAGAGACUACUCAAGAAUCCAAGAGGUUUUUACAAGUAUCGAUCUCUCGAGCAAUAAAUUUGAAGGUGAAAUAUCAAAUGUUGUCGAAAAUCUAAAAGGUCUUCAAUCUCUCAACCUUUCCCACAACAUUCUUACUGGCCCCAUCCCACCAUCGAUGAAAAGCAUGGCUCGACUUGAAUCUUUGGACCUUUCACACAACCAACUUUCAGGACAGAUACCUCAACAACUCUCAUGGCUUAAUUUCCUCGCAAUAUUUAAUGUCUCUUACAACAACCUCUCUGGUCCAAUACCACUAGGGAACCAAUUUAACAAUGUUGACAACAGUUCGUUCAUCGGGAAUGUGGGAUUAUGUGGAGAUCCAUUGUCAAAGAAAUGUGGAGAUUUGAAGCCACCUUCAUCAGGCUUUGAUGAGGGUGAAGAUGAAGGAUCUUUUCACAUUGGAUGGAAGACAGUGUUGAUUGGAUAUGGAUGUGGAGUGUUGGUUGGAAUGAUUGGUGGAAACUUCAUUCUUACAAGGAAGCAAGAUUGGUUUGCAAAGACCUUCAAAAUUCAAAUGCUCAAAAACUGGGAGGACUCUAGAUGA